AUGGCAGCUCAAUCCAAACUGCUCCCUCCCGGGCGGACUGUCAAGCAACUCAUCUCCGAAUUGAGCGCCCUCUACCUCAAACAUCGUACCAAGAUAUCCCGCACCGUUUUCGUCACGCUGGUCGUCGCCCUGGUCCAUCGAGUCCACAAUGCCAUCUCCGAGCAGAAGGCGGCGGUGCGCAGGCAGGCAGAAAUCCGAGCCCAGCAGUCCGCCACCAUAGGAGACAGCGAUGCGGCGAGUCAGGAGCACAAGAAAAGGAGGGUGGAAAUCAACAGAGAGUUCUUCCGCAACCUCCUUCGCCUGCUGAGGAUAGUCAUACCCGGGUGGCGGAGUAAGGAACUGCGACUUCUCGUCAGCCACAGCGUGUUUCUGAUCCUGCGAACCCUCCUGUCGCUGUACGUGGCCGACCUCGAUGGCAAGGUGGUCUCGGCACUGGUCAAGGGACGCGGCAGAGACUUCGUGCUUGGUCUGGUCUGGUGGAUGUUGGUUGCCGUGCCGGCCACCUUCACCAAUUCCAUGCUGCAAUACCACCAAACCAGACUGGCGCUCGCCUACCGGACGCGAUUGACGAACCACAUCCACGAGAAAUACCUCAAUAACAUGACCUUCUAUGCCCUGUCAGCCUUGGACGAUCGCAUCAAAAAUCCCGACCAACUCAUCACCGUCGACGUCGCCCGAUUCAGCAAUUCCCUUGCCGAAUUGUAUUCGAAUCUUGCCAAACCCAUCCUCGACAUGGUGAUUUACAAUUACUCCUUGUCCAAGUCCGUGGGUGGAGAAGGGCUUUUCGCCAUGGCUUUGCUGGUCCAAGUAUCUGCCAAUGUCAUGCGUGCGCUCACACCUCCUUUCGGGAAAUAUGUGGCGGACGAGGCGAGACUGGAAGGAGAGUUUCGAUUCCAGCAUACCCGGCUCAUUGACUAUAGCGAAGAGGUUGCGCUGUACUUUGGGCAUGAAGCUGAGAAAGAUACAUUGGAUAAAGGUUAUUUCACGUUGAUCAAACAUGUCAACCGCAUAUUGCGGAGAAGGUUCUACCAUGGACUCAUGGAAGACUUUGUCAUCAAAUACUUCUGGGGCGCCCUCGGUCUUAUCCUGUGCUCGCUGCCAGUCUUUUUCAAGAUCCCCGGUCAGACCCUACAGGCUGCAGGCGACCAUACAGAAAGCUUUGUCAAGAAUAGACGAAUGCUGCUCAGCAGCUCCGAUGCGUUCGGCCGCAUCAUGUUCUCGUACAAAGAGAUCACCGAGUUGGCCGGAUAUACUUCAAGAGUUGCUGGAUUGUUGGACGUCAUGGACGAGGUUUCGGCGGGCCACUUCGAAAAGAAGCUGGUCAGCUCGGCGAGCACCGAGGAAAACGCCGCCGUGCUCAAAGGUCGCGGGACGAUCGAAGAAAGCGAAAACAUCGAGUUCACCGACGUACCCAUUGUCAGUCCCAAUGGCGAUGUUCUUGUCAAAAAGCUGAGCUUCCGCAUCAAACCCGGCGAUCACCUGCUCAUCGUCGGUCCUAAUGGCUGUGGGAAAUCAAGCUUGUUCCGGAUCCUCGGCGGCCUGUGGCCCGUGUAUGGCGGAAGGGUGAAGAAGCCAAGUUUUGAAGACAUCUUCUAUAUCCCUCAACGGCCAUACCUCAGUCGCGGUACACUCAGAGAUCAGAUCAUCUAUCCUGACACGCUUUAUGAGUUCCGGGCCAAGGAUUGCUCGGAAGAGGAGCUGAAGCAGAUCUUGGAAAUCUUGGAGAUCGAAUCUGUUCUCGAUCGUCCUAACGGCUGGGAUGCGGUCGAGGAAUGGAGAGAUGUUUUUUCGGGCGGCUUACAGCAGCGAAUCGCCAUGGCCCGGCUCUUCUACCACAAACCCAAAUACGCCAUUUUGGACGAGUGUACCAGCUCCGUCACACUGGAGAUGGAACGGAAGAUGUACGAGACUGCCAAAAGCCUGGGGACUACAUUGAUGACGGUGUCUCAUCGACGAAGCCUGUGGAAGUAUCAUAGCAUGAUUCUCCAGUUUGACGGUCAGGGAAGCUACGUCUUCAGCAAACUUGAUGCGGAAAGGCGAAUCCAGCUCGAAGACGAAAAGGAGGAGGUAGAGGCCCUCCUACGCGGAGUGGAAGGAUGGAAGGCUAGGCUGGCUGAACUAGAGGAAUGA